AUGAAUAACGGCAGCCUUUGUUUGGACUCGUCGUUCAACCCGCUGUAUUUGCUUUUGCUCGUUUCCUCAGGGUUGGCGUAUAUAUGUGAGGGUCUGAAGGAGCAGAGGAAGGGUUUGGUCACUCUGGUGCUCUGGAACAACCAGCUCACACACAAUGGCAUGGGAUACCUGGCUGCCGCUUUGCCGUUCACUCAGAGCUUGGAAACACUGAACCUGGGCCAUAACGCAGUGGGGAACGAAGGAGUGCACAAACUAAAAGACGGACUCAUAGCAAACCGGUCCAUCCUCAGGCUGGGUCUGGCCUCCACCAAACUCUCCUGUGAAGGAGCGGUCGCUAUCGCUGAAUUCAUCGCUGAGAGUCCGAGGAUCCUCCGGCUGGACAUGCGGGAGAAUGAAAUCAACAGCGAGAAUAAAAAACUACACUUAUUUAUAUACCACAGAUGCAUCUAUGACCUUUUUAUUGCAUUACUAUACCACAUCUUUUUUCUCUCGCUGCUCUCACAGGUGAAGUGUUUCAUUGAGACACAGCGCGCCCUGCUUUCAGACAUUCAGAAUGGCUGCAAGAGGAACUUCAUCCUGGCCAAAGAGAAGGAAGAGACGGAACAGAAGAUGAGGCAGUCGAUUUCAAUAGCCGAAAUCGCCAUGGAGGACCAAACUCAAGAGGAUGAAGAUGCAUCUGCUGAGAAAAGUGAGGAAGAAAACACCACCGAUGAGGGCAGUGCAUCUGAGAGCCAAGAGGUCAACGAUCAAAACCCGACACUACAAGACGACUCGGACUCGGACACAGAGGAUGAGGACGCAGCCGAGGAGCCGAAAACUCCUGCGAACACCACAUCUCCCAUAGCGAUUACUGCAAUAAACGCCUGUAAGGCCGUGCCCUCGAUGCCUCCUCUACCAGGAUCUCCAGCGGGAAUUACAGUGACCGAAGCUAGCACUGUCCCCAGAGCCCCACCAUCUCCUGGCCGCUGCUUUUCGGUGUCUAGUCCCGGCAGAGGACACAAAAUCUUUAUGGUAACACGUGUGGAAAGCCCUCCGGAGCAACAACAGACGACUGUAUUGGCGAAAGGCGUCAGCGAGUGGGUGGCACAGAGCCAAACAUGCACACAGACUAAUAUAAAAGCACCUUUUGAUGCACGUUCACAACCGCCUGAGCAGAAACCAACAGCAUCUGAGCUCAGCACGUUAACAUCACGUGCAGAAACAACACCAGCACCUGUUGAACCGCUCAACACGUCCAUGUCUUCACUUGCGGAUAAGCAGGAGAACCUGAAGGAGUCACAGUCAGAAAUCGCACAGGAUCCUGCUACGCCAUUUGAAAGCCUGAAGGACGCUGUCUUUGUCGAUCAGACUCACUUAAAGCAACAGUUGACUGUAAAAACAAACACAAAAAAACCGCAAGAGAUGCAAAAUGUAAGCGAGAAGGACCAGACGUUCUGUCCUCACACCGAGCAGAAACAGGAGUCCAGUCCCAUCCAAACAGAGCCAUCAGUUUCAGGACAAUCCCAGGAUGAGACGCUAAGCCCAAAAGCCGAACCAUGUCCAGAACAGCUGCAGGAAGUUGGUAACGGAGAGAAACAAGUACAAUCUAGUGAACAGCAACGGGCUGCUCAGCUGCAGCCUUCACUGGAGGUCACAGCAGGUCACGAAGCCCUCGAUGAGGAGGAAUGCUGCAGUGCUCGAGCGGGAUCUCCUGACGUGAGCUCCACGGAAGAAGACAAAGGUCAUCCUGCUGGGAGCACAAGAGCGUCGCUGCCCAACGGGCUGAAGCCAGAAUUUGCCUUUCACCUGCUUGAACCCAAGGGACCCAAACCAGCCAGCUGCAUUAUGGAGCAUGUGAGCGUGACAGCAGAGCUGAGCUGUGGGCAGGAUUUAGAGGAGCUUCUCCUUGAUGCCAGUCUGGACACCAGCAGAGAUGCACCGUAAUGCUGUAACCAAGGAUCCACACAAGCAGAGAAUCAGAAGGGCCGGUUUGUUCUCGCCACAUGGCAUCCGCUCAUAUUCCUCGGGUCUUUUUCCAUCUUUCUCGUGUCUUUACCACAAAUUUUCCAAAUGUUGCAACAGAACACAGAGGACUCGCCCUCCUUCCAGUGUCCAGCUUUUAUUGAAAUUAGGAAAUUCAUCUCUUCUGUGAUUUAAACAUUUGCCGUAAAGUUGUAUGUUCCCAGUUACCAAAGACGCCCAUGCAGAGAAACGCACACUCGCUGACCUCCUUCUGUUCCUCCCUGUUACGCUGUCGACUGUGGCGCCUCUCCGCCGCCCCCUGGUGGACUGGAGGUUAUAAUGCAGCACAGAGACUGACCGGCGGGAACAUGCGAAGCCGUUUCAUUGGUUUUGGCUUUCAGAUAUCGUCAAGCGGGCGGACGUUGUUGCGAGUCUCUGUGUGCGUUUGUCGUUAUUAAUGUCUCAUUAACACAAAAAAAAAGACUUGCACCAAAGUGAGAUCUGCUUUCCGUUCAUUCCUGCUGCUCAGGAAUCAGUCAAACCCCCAUUUCUGAUCUCCGAUCUCACCGGGUUCCCUUCAUCAACCAGCACUUCUGAAGGCAUCUGAUUUGUGCGUGAAUGUGCGGCACAAUCAUUUAGCGAGUCAUCUGAAUGAUUCGGACAUCUUCGUCCUCGGCGAACGAAUGAAUUGUACAAUUUUCACUCUCUAAACACUCAUUCUGUCUUCCAUCGGUAAAACCCUGUGUCACCGUACGUUCCCAUCCGAAGACAGGACACGACACGUUUGCCUUUAAACCUUUUUUCAGCUCUUUACUCUGGCUGCUUUGCUAAAUCAGUUUGUAUUUAUUUUAAACAACCUGAGUCUGCUGUGUGAUUUAUUUGUUAGUUUAUUUUCCUCCUCGUGUUCCCCAUCUUUUUUUUAAGCUGUUGUUGUGGGAUUUCCCCCCCUUUGGUGUAUAUUUUCAGAUCUAUAAAGAGCAAAUAUUAAGUUUAAGGUUUUCCUAUUUUGAUUGGUGGGGGUUUGGGAAAGGGGCGGGGCACUGUGGAUUGAUUUAUAUAAAUAGGGCUGGAGUAUAUUAUGUAAAUCGGGUGUGUGUUUGGGCGUGAAAUGAAGGCAGUAGGAGUGCAAGCACAAGACUUCAUGAAGAAAACACUACGCUUGUGUGAAGCUACUGCCGCUGGAGACACUAGAGACUACACUUUACCUCGAGAGACGUCGCCAUCGUCAGACUAACGUGUGAUUUUAGGGCAAACGAGAAGCUUGUGACAUUGAAGCGAGGCUUGAGCUGAUCAGUGUAGUACUUCCCACCAUUCCUGGCUCUGUGGUUGGUGCUUUUCAGUUGCUCUCUCUCUCUCAACGUCUGGUUGAUGUCGACUCUGACGUCUAUCUGCCAGGCUUCAGAGAAGCUUUGCCUCUACAUCCAGAUUGUCUUUGACCUUGAAAUCAACACUUCUGUGCUGCCCCCCAACCCCAUGUUUGUUAUGCUUUAUUUUUAGUAAUUUUUAAAAUGACCUGUUAAAUUAAUCAAACCGUACUGGUAAACACAAAGAGAUGUGUAUGGCUUUUCCCUCUCAAAUAAAUGCAUGUAAUGACAAAA